AAGACAAAUUGAGAGAGAGAAUAUUAGCAAAUAAAUAAAACAGUACACAUAACAAAAAUAUAUUAACUGUAAAACUUGUUGAAGAAGCCAUGCAACGUUUGUCAGCCACCUUGUACCGUAAAAUGGUUCGUCCAUCAUGCGACGUGUUCAUAAAUCAUCGAGGAAUCGACACGAAGAAGAACAUUGCGGGGUUGCUCUACGAUCGUUUGACGAAGAUGGGAGUGAGAUCAUUUUUGGAUAGCAAGAAUAUGAAACCUGGAGAUAGGUUGUUUGAUCAUAUUGAUAAAGGAAUUCUAGGUUGCAAAGUUGGUGUUGCUGUGUUUUCUCCAACUUAUUGUGACUCUUAUUUUUGUCUCCAUGAGCUUGCUCUUCUCAUGGAAUCAAAAAAGAGGGUUAUCCCAAUUUUCUAUGAUGUUAAACCUUCCCAGCUUGUUGUUAAGGACAAUGGUACUUGUCCUGUUAAAGAGCUUCGAAGGUUUAGUGCUGCAUUAGAGGAAGCUAAAUUCACUGUUGGAUUAACCUUUGAUUCUUCCAAUAGGGACUGGUCGGUGUUGUUAAAAGAUGCUUCGGAAGCAGUGAUUAUGAACUUGUUGGAGUUAGAGGAAGAGCGUAAGCUCCUCAAGGGGAAACACUGAAUAAUAUGGAUCACAAUUUAGUUCAUCAACCAUGGACACUUUAACUCAAAUAUGUUUGUUUAUUAAUUAUUCUUUGAAAGAAAGAAAAAAAAAAUUAAGUUAGCAAGCAACCAAGUAUAGGGCUUUCUAAUUUAAUAUCACCCAAUUAUUUUCUCUAAAUAUUUGGGUUUUUGUUUAUCGGUUUAACUUGGAAUAAACCCACAUUUUGUUGUAUCAUCUUCAUCAAAUCCAUUAAUUUGGGAUUGAAUAAUAUUUACAUAUCUCAUAUAUUUUUCUAUACGCAUCAGCCAA